AUGUCAGAGGCAGGUCUUCUUCGAAAAGACCAGCUGGAACUGAGUCUGCAUAAAGAGAAGAAAUUGAUAGAAGACGGUAUCCUUAAGGAGGACAAUCCACUGGAUGUCACGGACAACUUUCGCAAGCUUUGCGAUGCUUGCCGGAGGGGCGACCUCAAGGUCUGCCAGGAGAUGAUUACAGAAGGCGUCAACAUCGAUGCGCGAGACGAAUUUGAUUACACACCGUUGAUACUGGCGAGCCUUUGCGGACAAUAUGAAGUUGUUCAGCUCCUUCUUGACGCUGGCGCAUUAUGCGAGAGAGAUACUUUCCAAGGAGAAAGAUGCUUAUAUAACGCACUGAACGACCGAAUACGAAAUCUUCUUCUAUCCCACGAUUACUCCAAGUCUUCAGAUCCUCUACAACCGCUCGCGUUUCAUCUCACCUCAUUAUUGACAAGAGGGCUUCCGGAAACAGCAGACAUCAUAGUAACGACUUCGGGUGACUCAUUCAGAUUGCACAAGUUUAUCCUGUCUGCAAGGUCGCCAUACUUUUCGAAGAAAUUAGAGGGAGCACCCGAGACCAUGUCAUGGAAGCUACCAUCCACCAUACCUCCACAAGCAUUCGGCAUUGCGAUCAAGUAUCUGUACCUUGGCGAGCUACCAAGAGACUUGGGUGGAGGUCCCGGUACCGGCUUUACAGAUUCGGAAAUCUUAGCUGGCCUGGACAAGAUUAGCAAGCACCUCGAGAUAAAGAGUCUAUCUCAGCUUGUCCUCGAUGGUGGAGACAGGAGACUCGCACGCCAAAGAAGAGCAGAGGAGCUGGACAAGGGUCGAGACCAGCUGGAAUUUUGGUUCAGGAGGAAUGUUCUACAGCACGCUAUCGUGACAGACACCGAUAAAGCAGACGAUGUCAAGUGGGACAGAAACAACGCUAUCUUUGCUGACGUGCUGCUGCGGGCAGACGACGACCCAGAGGAGGACGAAGCUAGGGUAGGCACAGAUGGUAACGGAAAUUGGGAGAGAACAGUCUCGCAUACGAAUGCAUUGGGUAUCCCCCUGCAAUCGCUGCAAUCACAACCCGCCUCAAGAGCAAAUUCGCGAUCACGGAAAGGCAACCAAUCCAAACUCUUUCCCGCCCAUCGUGCCAUGCUCAUCCGCUCUGAAUUCUUCUUGACCAUGUUCUCAUCCUCCUUCCGCGAAGCCCAACACACGCAUCACCUCCAGAUAAUACCCAUCGCUUGCUCGCCCGCUGUUCUAGAAAUCAUCCUCACAUUUCUCUACACUGAAAAAGCCGACUUCCCACUCGACAUCGCGGUCGACGUACUCUUCGCUGCUGACCUGCUCUUCCUCGAAAAAUUGAAGAUGAGAGCAGCGGUCGUCAUUUCCACUUUAGGGAACGGUACUGCCGGCGGCCUUUCUAUCCCAGCCAACAACGACGUGAGGGAGGAGGAAGAAUCAAUAGAUGUCUACGAGAUCCUGCACGCGGCAUGGCUGACGCGUGUGCAACGCCUAGAAGAGUUUGCCGCAAGGUACAUAGCUUACAGACUAGAGUCGCACAUCGACGACCCCGAGUUUGCCGAAAUUGUCAAGGAGAGCGCAGGCAGAAUCAGCGCGAGACAGGAGACCGAUUCGAUUGAAUUGCUUGAUGAUAUCAGGUGGUAUUUGAGUGAGCGUUUCAGGCUCCGGUUUGAAGAUAGUGGAUUGGAGGAUAUGAUGGAUGAGGACCAGCAAUUGCAGCAGCAGCAGGAGGCCGAGCAAAACCAGAAAAAAACACAAAAAUCAAGCGAUAUUCAAGCGAAGACUCUGCCAUUACCACAUUGGGGCAGUGGACCGAUGCCAGAUCAGCAGCAGCAGCAGCAUCAGCAAAACCAAGAAGACGAAGGCAUCGAUAUGCAGCCACCACCACCGGCAGAGAACGGCUCUCCAAUGGACGCAAUGCAGACAGCGAUCAACGUGCCAGGCGCAGUGAGGACUCUGGACGGCGAUCUUGCCGGCGACGAAUUCGCCAGCGAUGCCAUCAACUACCAGCUUUUGCUGGGCAAGAUUGAUCGCCUGCUCGAGAGGUUGAAGUUGGACGCUUAA